AUGUCCGAAGAACAAGAGAUUCCGGAGGAGCAACAGGCUCAGGUUGUGUCCGAACAUCUUCCUUCUGGUUACACUGCCGAAUUUGGCGAGGCCACCGGCAACAACGAUUCUGGGGUUGAGUCUUCUCUGAACCUCCAGGGUGGAGAUAUACACAGAGAUAUCUUCAAGCUCAAUGCCAACCCCCGCCAGGCACUGCAUCAAAGAGCCGCCACAUUCUCUGCUCCUCGUGCGCGCAGAGAAAGCUGGGAUUCUGAAUUGACAGCUUCUCAAGCACGAGCUCCUGGCGCUUUCCGUCGUCAAUACAUGCAAAGACAGCAUGCUUUCAGCAGUGCAACAAUGCCCGUCACCAGGAAUUUCGUCGAGUUUUUGAGCCUUUAUGGAAGCUUCGCUGGUGAAGACCUCAACGAGUCCGACGACGAAGCAGUCGAGGACGAGUCAGAUGAGGAAGAGGCUCCUGCAACCGAGAGAAGACCUCUGCUUGGUCGUCGCAAGUCAUCUAGAGCAGCCGCCAAGGGUGAUGCUGGCACAGUCAAGUCCUUCUUCACCCUCCUCAAGGCUUUCAUCGGUACCGGCAUCAUGUUCCUCCCAAAGGCUUUCAACAAUGGCGGUAUCUUGUUCUCAUCCAUCACUCUGGUUUCGAUCUCGGCCGUUUCAAUGCUUGCUUUCCAUCUAUUACUCAAGUGCCGCAACCAGUAUGGUGGUGGUUAUGGUGAUCUUGGUAAGGCCAUCGCUGGAGACAAGAUGAGGUCCCUCAUCCUUGCCUCGAUCACCAUCUCACAAAUCGGCUUCGUUUGUGCAGGUGUCGUCUUCGUGGCUGAGAAUCUUCACUCAUUCCUCUCUGCUGUGGUCAAGGGCGAUAUGCCUAUCUCAGUUCGCGCAUUGAUCGCGAUGCAGCUCAUCGUUCUGGUACCUCUGUCCUUCAUCCGUAACAUCUCGAAGCUCGGCCCCGUCGCAAUGUUGGCCGAUGUAUUCAUCAUGAUCGGUCUCGGCUACAUCUACUAUUUUGAUAUCGCUACGAUCGCUAAAGAAGGCAUUCACCCCACCGUUCAGCUGUUCAACCCGGACCAUUUCACAUUGACCAUUGGAUCGGCUAUCUUCACUUUUGAAGGCAUCGGCCUCAUUCUGCCAAUUCAGUCUUCUAUGAAGAAGCCCCAAAACUUUGAGUGGCUUCUAGCUGUGAUUAUGCUCAUCAUCACCGUCAUUUUCACCUCAGUCGGCGCCUUGUGUUACGCCACUUUCGGAGACAACACGCAGAUUGAGAUCAUCUCCAACUUCCCUCAAGACAGCAAACUUGUCAACGCCGUCCAGUUCUUGUACUCCAUGGCCGUACUUUUCGGCAACCCAGUGCAGUUGUUCCCUGCUAUGCGUAUCAUCGAGGGAAAGCUGUUCGGUCACCUGUCCGGGAAGAAGGACGCGCUCACCAAAUGGAAGAAGAACGCUUUCCGAACUUUCCUGACUGGUGUCUGUAUUGCCAUUGCUAUCGCAGGCGCCGGCAACCUGGACAGAUUUGUCGCUUUGAUUGGCUCCUUUGCAUGUGUACCUCUGGUGUACAUUUACCCUCCUCUUCUGCACUACAAGGGAUGUGCACAGACUCGUCUCGCGAAGGCUGGUGAUAUUAUCUUCAUGUCGAUCGGCCUUGGUAUGAUGGUAUACACGACUGGUGUCACGCUGGUCAACAGUUUUUAG